AGUAAUUGUUGAUAACCAAUAAACCACAUCCCUUCGCCAAAUCCUAUCAAAGGCAAAACUCUCCAUUUCCAUGGCGCGCGGCAGUCUCUGUCGCUGAAAAGACCGCCGGAUUUUCGGGAUCUCGCCGAUGGCCUCCUCUCUUGUUCUGCAAUUUAGUCGGUUUGCCUCACAAGUGCCUUUUUGUGCCUCGCGCUUUUCGUCCCGCGCCUUUGUUAGACAUCGCCUGAAGUUGCAAUUUGCUCCAAGCUGGUCGUUUCACGUUUCCCGUGGUUUCUCACGCCCUAAGGGACGAAAGUUUUGUGCCUCAGCAUCCUCGAUUCAUGACUGGAGCACCCAUGACAACACUUCCGAUGAAAGGUUUGAUGUGAUUGUUGUUGGUGGUGGACAUGCAGGCUGCGAAGCGGCCCUUGCAUCUGCUCGCUUAGGGGCAAAAACACUUCUUUUAACUCUAAAUAUUGACCGCAUUGCAUGGCAGCCCUGCAAUCCAGCUGUUGGUGGCCCUGCAAAGUCUCAACUCGUCCAUGAAGUGGAUGCCCUUGGUGGUGAAAUCGGAAAGGUAGCUGAUAGGUGUUACUUACAAAAGCGUGUCCUAAAUGUGUCACGGGGGCCUGCUGUUAGGGCACUGCGUGCACAAACUGAUAAAAGGGAAUAUGCUUUAGAAAUGAAGAAAAUUGUGGAGAGUACACCAAACCUGUCCAUUAGAGAAGCUAUGGUGACAGAUAUCUUGUUGGGGAAGAAUGACAAUGUGGAAGGUGUUCGAACAUUCUUUGGCAUGAAUUUUCUUGCCCGUUCUGUUGUUCUUACUACUGGCACUUUCAUGAGUGGAAAAAUAUGGGUUGGAAGGACUUCCAUGCCGGCCGGGAGAGCUGGUGAGUCAGCUUCACAUGGUCUGACAGAAAACUUGCAGCAGUUGGGGUUUGAGACAGAUCGAUUGAAAACUGGAACACCUGCACGUGUAGAUUGCCGCACAGUAGAUUUCUCUGGAUUAGAGCCUCAGCAUGGAGAUGAAGAGGUAAACUGGUUCAGCUUUGAUCCUAAUUAUCAUAUUACAAGAGAACAAAUGUGCUGCUAUCUUACACGCACCACAAAGAAGACCCAUCAACUGAUCAAAGAUAACUUGCAUGAAACCCCUACAUAUGGAGGAUGGGUGGAAGCUAAGGGACCUCGAUACUGCCCUGCCAUUGAGGAUAAGAUUGUUAGAUUUCAGGAUAAAGAGUCACAUCAAAUUUUUCUAGAACCGGAAGGUCGAACUGUGCCUGAACUUUAUGUGCAGGGAUUCUCUACAGGAUUACCUGAGAGGCUACAGCUUCCGCUCUUGAGAACUUUACCUGGGCUUGAAAAUUGUUCAAUGUUGAGGCCAGCGUAUGCUGUGGAAUACGAUUAUUUGCCUGCACAUCAGUGUUUUAGAUCCCUCAUGACAAAGAAAAUUGAAGGACUUUUUUUCUCUGGUCAAAUAAAUGGGACAACUGGUUAUGAAGAAGCUGCUGCCCAGGGAAUUGUUUCUGGAAUAAAUGCUGCAAGGCAUGCAGAUGGUAAAUCUUUAAUUGUUCUGGAGAGGGAAAGCAGUUACAUUGGCACUUUGAUUGAUGAUCUGGUGACAAAGGACCUCCGAGAGCCUUAUCGCAUGCUAACUAGUCGCUCUGAACAUCGUCUGCUUCUCCGAUCUGAUAAUGCUGACAGCCGACUCACACCUCUAGGACGUGAAAUUGGAUUGAUUGAUGACUAUUGUUGGACUAUUUAUCUGGAGAAGCAGGCUCGAAUUGCUGAAGAAAAAAAACGACUGAAGAUAGUCAGGGUUUCAGGAGGAGAUCUAGCCACUGAAGUUAGUGAGCUUUCUGGGCAACCCGUGAAGGAUUCAUCAACGUUAGAAAGCCUCCUAAAGAAGCCACAUGUGCCAUACAAAGUUUUUGACAAACAUGGAUAUGGAAAUGAUUCACUAUCUAGAGUAGAGAAGGAAUGCGUCGAGAUAGAUAUCAAGUAUGAGGGCUUUAUCAUACGGCAGCAGAACCAACUCCAGCAGAUGGCUCACCAACAGCACCGACGCAUUCCAGAGGAUCUUGAUUAUUAUGCAAUGACAACCUUGUCGCAUGAAGCUCGUGAAAAGUUGUCAAAGGUAAGGCCACAAACAAUCGGGCAAGCAAGUAGGGUCGGUGGAGUGAGCCCUGCUGACAUAACAGCCCUCCUCAUUAUUCUUGAAUCAAACAGGAGGAAAUCCCGGGAACAGAGACUCCAUCAGACCAGUGUCAACCGUGAUGAAGAAGUUUCCGAAGACCCUACUAAAGAGGCAAUUAAUGUGUGAACAUUGCGACACAAUGGAGUCAACCCGGACCUGUGACUGAGGAGUUUCGGGCUCUUGAGCUAGGUUGUGUAUCUAUACGGUAAAUGGAAGCAUCGAAUCCUCAGGUAUCAGCUUGUAUUUAUCUUAUCUCCGGAAUCACUUGUAAGUCGGUUUCCUUUCUUUGGCCCUUCCUUGCAAAUUAACUUGUGAGUGUAGAGCAGUGUUUGUUUUCUUUGUGACCACAGAACAUUACAUUUUUGAAUGAAAGUAAUUUGGUACUUGAA